AUGGGAAGAGAAAUUGUGAUUGGACUUGUAGGGAAGCCGUCAAGUGGGAAAUCAACCACAUUGAACUCGUUAACAGAUGCUAACGCCAAAGUUGGUGCAUUUCCAUUCACAACCAUUGACCCAAAUAAAGCUACUGGUUAUUUGGAAAUAGAUUGCGCUUGUAAACGAUUCAAUUUGCAAGAUAAAUGUAAGCCGAAUUACGGGUUCUGCCGAGGUGGGAAAAGAGGCGUGCCUAUUAUGUUACUAGACGUUGCUGGGUUGGUACCUAAUGCUCAUUUGGGUCGUGGUUUAGGUAAUAAGUUCUUGAGUGACUUGACGGAAGCAGAUUGUUUGAUACAUAUUGUUGAUGUCAGUGGAACAACGGAUGCCGAGGGAAAAACUACAAGAGGUUAUGAUCCGCUAAAUGAUAUCGAAUGGUUACAAAAUGAGAUUUUCCAAUGGAUCUUGGGAAACUUGAAAGAACGAUGGGGAUCAGUUAGACGGAAACAUAUCGGCACAAAACAAACGACUUUGGAGACAUUGCGACAGCAGUUGGGGGGAUACGUAGCGAAUACUCAAAAGAUUGCUCAGGCGUUGGAUCGAAUACCAAACUUGCCACCAUUAGAAGAUUGGGACGAUGAAAUGCUUGAAAGAGUUGUACGAGCAUUCAUGGAUGUGAAAUUCCCCACUGUUUUGGCAUUGAACAAAAUAGAUCACCCCGAUGCAGAUAAAAAUGUUUCCAAAAUCAUCUUGAAGUAUCCAAAGAGUAAAGCCGUGUUGACGUCAUCUAUCACUGAAGUGUUUUUGAGGAAGUUGGCUGCACAAAAUUUUAUUAAAUAUAUACCUGGUACGGAGUUUGUGGACACAAAAGAAGACAUUCCAGAUGAUCCAAAUCUCAAGCCAAUGGAUGAGAAAUUAUUGAAUCGUAUAGAAAGUAUAAGAGAUUUGGUCUUGUACAGAUUCGGCUCUACUGGUGUCGUUCAAUUACUUCAAGCCGCAGCAGAACUUUUACAAUUGGUGCCUGUUUUCCCAGUGCGCAAUAUCAAUAGCUUUGGUGGUGGUAGUGGAGGAGGUGAUGCAAUCUUCCGUGAUUGUAUAUUAGUAAAAAGAGGUACUCCUGUUGUUUCGGUUGCUAGAAAAAUCAUGGGUGACGUAACAAUAGCUGCUAUUGAAGGUGUUGGUGGCAUGAGGGUGAGUGAAGAAGAUACAGUCGAUAUUGGCAAAAACGAUAUAUUGUCUUUCAAGGUGGUGCCUGGUGGCCGAAACUGA